AUGGUACAGAGUAAGAAGUUCAGAGGCGUCAGGCAGCGCCACUGGGGAUCUUGGGUCUCCGAGAUCAGGCACCCCCUGCUGUAAGACAUCUCCCGUUGUUCACGUCUAUUCGACUUACAUUCUUCUUCAUAUCACUUUUUGUGGCAACCUCUAGGCUGCGAAUUUCAACAUUAUUUGAGACUUACGAUCUCAAGUUUCAUAAACAGGAAGAGGAGGGUGUGGCUGGGGACCUUUGAAACCGCCGAGGAGGCCGCCAGAGCCUACGAUGAGGCCGCCGUGCUGAUGAGUGGCCGUAAUGCGAAGACCAACUUUCCUGUGACGAGGCCACCUGCCGAGGCUGACCGCCAGCUUGCGUCCCCGACCGGCCUCUCCGAGCUGCUCAGCGCGAAGCUCCGCCGGUGCUGCAAGACCCCAUCACCUUCUCUCACCUGCCUCCGCCUCGACACAGAGAGCUCUCACAUCGGGAUCUGGCAGAAGAGAGCCGGGACUCGGUCUGAUUCCAACUGGGUCAUGACGGUCGAGCUCGCGAAGGGCGGCCAGCAGGACCCAGAGUCUGCGUCAUCUUCUCGAGGCACUUACCCACCAGCUGCGGCAGCUGGGGCGGCGGGGGGAGAGCAAGCUGCCGUGUCAGAGGAGGCAAGCGCAGGGGGGAUGGAUGAAGAACAGAGGAUCGCGCUGCAGAUGAUAGAGGAGCUUCUGAACCGGAACUGCCCCGUGGCAAUGGCGACCGCUGGCCUCUUCCCCUCGCACCAGGAUGAGUUCCCAGAGGGUCGACGGAAUCUCCUCAUGUGA